AUGACAGGCCGCAUGGACGUCGACAGGUCCAACACACCGACCAUCUUCAAGGCCAGCGCUACUCAUUCGGAUGCAAUGGGCCAGAGGGACACCAUAUCCUCCACUCUCAGCCCAUCAACCACGCGCCAGCAGUCCGUGGCCAGUGACGCCAGGACCGUUCUUGGCAGCGAGAGCGAUGCAACUAGUGUUCCUGCCUCACACGCCCGCCCGUCCAAGGCAAUGAAGCUUGACUCCAAAACGCCCUAUGUCACCACCGAAAUCGACCCAGAGGCAGCCCAGUCAGGCCAGCGCGGGACGUCAACGGUCCAGGCCUCUUCUUGCUCUUCCUCUUCGCCUCGUCCAGCCCCACCUCCCCGUGCGAGGCACUAG